AUGGGGUCAGAUUUUGCUCUCAAAGAUCUGGGUACUCUUCACUAUUUUCUGGGUAUUAAGGUGAUAUCUGUUUCUCAAGGUAUUAUGCUCUCUCAAGCUAAGUACACUCUGGAUUUGAUUAAAAAGGCAGGUAUGACGGACUGUAGACCAUGUGCCUCUCCCUCUUCUCUCAAGUCUUCUCCACUCAUGCCUGAUGUCCCUUUUUCUAACCCAGAGUUCUAUAGAACCUUGGUUGGUUCUUUACAAUACUUGACAUUAACUAGGCCUGAAAUAUCAUUCUCUGUUAAUGCUGUUUGUCAACACAUGCAUAAUCCCCUAACAAGCCGCUUCACAGCUAUUAAACAUAUCUUACGCUAUCUUCGCGGUACAAUUCAUCAAGGUCUUCUUUUUACUAAAGGAGCUUUGCAGUUUUCUGCCUUCUCUGAUGUUGACUGGGCAGGUAGUGCUACUGAUAGACGGUCAACAUGA